AUGCUGGCUAUGCUCGGCUUCGCGCGCGACGGCACCGAGACGGCGCCGCCGCCCGACCGCCGCCGCUCGUCGGUGGCGUUCCAGACGCCCCGCGAGGCGUCGACGCGCCACAUCGGCGACGGCCGCGGCUCGAUGCGCGAGGGCUCGACACGAAAUACAAGAGAGGGCUCGGCGCGGGAUAUGGGCGAUAUUCACCGUGAUCUUACGCGCAUUGACUGGCGCGCCUUUGCCGACCAGGGCGAGGCGAAGCACGGCGGCGACCUGUGUAGAAAUCAAAUUUACGGCGCGGUUCGUGAAUCGCCGCGUCGACCUCCACGCUAUCGACGCGACACCUGCUCGAUGGCGUGGCGAUGCCGGUUCCUCACCGCUCGGCGGAGCCAGCGCGGCCACGUCAUCGCCGAGAAAGACUUAGUGAAGAAUUAUCGGGUGCACCCGACACACUGAUUGAUUUCCACACAGGCGGCGACGAGCCGAAGAAGCGGUUCUGGCUGCGCCGGCCGGCGUGGAUGCAAAAGAAGGACCCGUGCGGGCUCGAGGAGUGGAAUCCGCGCGCUUUGCAAAACGAGCGGUCCGUCCUCGACGCGCCGAACUCGGUUUUUGAUAUUAAGAAGACCUGGGCGGAGAUGCUGCCUUAUGUUAUAGAAUGCUUGGGAGUCAUCCUCUCGGCGUAUUUCUCCUACUCGAUCGCCCACUUCGGGCCGAAGGUGGAGCCGCAGCUCGCGUGGGCAAUCACCGUCACCCUCGCGUCGCUCUAUCAGCCGAACAUGGUAGAAGCCACCACCGUCGGAGCGAUCACAGGCAUGUCGUCGCACCGCCAUCCCGAGGUCGUUCCGGACUUCGGCUGGCUGGCGCUCGUGGCGAUCUUCGCCUCGGCGCUCUGGCUGGCGGCGCGCCACUGGAAGAUCGCCGAGGGGAACGGCGGACGGUACGGUACGGUCGCGUUUAUCGCGACGAACAUUGUGGUCGUCGUUAUAAUGAUCCCCGCGGGCAUCUUGCCCUGGAAACGCUUCUCGGCGGGGUUAGACCAUUGGCACAGCAUGGUCCGCAUCGGUCUGGUGUUACGAUACCUGGCCUCCUCCGUGGCGGCCGCCGUUUUAACACGUAUGACGAAGAUCGCCACGGGCCACCCGAGCGCGACGGCCGGCGCGAUGUCGGCGCUGCUCAUCACGUUGCUAGUCCUAGCCAUCCUCAACACCAAGGGCGAGUGGGUCUACGACGUGACGCAGGCCGUGACCAUGGGUGCCUUCGUCGGGAUGAGCGACGCGAACGUCCUCAUUUCGUCGCGGGUUCCGCUCGCCGGCGUGAUCGCGGUCGGCUACCGUCUGCUGACGGCGCCGUUCUGCGAGGGAUUCGCGGGCAUCGAGGCGUUCUGCGCCUUCCUAGCCGUCGCGACGCAUCGCGUCUGCCAGCCGCGCCAGGAGUCGUUGUUUGAGCGCAACGCGGCUUCGUAA